AUGCUCCAAUUGCUUCGUCAAGUACCUCUACUAACAAGAGAGCGCGCACGCUCAAUUCAAAGCGGUGACGUGGAUAUGACUCUCGAUGAGAAUGCUCCAGAAGAUGAGUUUUACAAUGAUAAUGGUCUCCCAGACCCUCUCACUGGUGACGAGGGCCAUCCUGCACCUCCACCAGACCCUCCUAUUGGUGACGAGGGCCAUCCUGCACCUCCACCAGACCAUCCUGUUGGCGACGAGGGCCAUCCUGCACCUCCACCAGACCAUCCUGCACCUCUGCCAGACCCUCCUAUUGGUGACGAGGGCAAUCCUGCACCUCUGCCAGACCCUCCUGUUGGUGACGAGGACCGGCGCACCAUACAAGAUGUUGAUUUGGAUGAAAUUCAACGUCUUGCGAGUAUGACAGUCUCUCGCCACUUGAUCCAGAUGCUCUUGAUCGUCUCCGAAACCCUCCGCAGCUUCAACUUAAAAUUGAGGACCCCCAUCUGCGUCUAG